AUGAUUUUGCCAGAAACGUCUGUGUCUAAUGAGUCAACAACAAACAAUAAUUAUUUUCUUGAUAACACUGCAGACUUAUUUAGCCCAUUUGCGAUGAAAAUUUUCCAGUGGAUUAUUUUAGCUGUAGUUUGCCAAGCAAUCGCCAUUGCUGGUGUGUGUACCAACAUCGUCAACAUUAUCUGCUUC